AUGUCGCUACUCCUUCCAGGGUCUUUCGCUUCUCUCUCUCUUUCUUUGCUGACAGAGUCCGUCUUGGGCUGUAGACGUCGCAAAUACCCUGUCUUCGGGCAGAUAGCUCGACUGGCUCCUCCCGUACAACUUGUGUCGUUGGUGCUGAUAACGCUUUUCAUCGUGGGCCAGAGUCGGACCUCACCGGGGGCCUGCUUUUUGCAAAAGACUUCCUUGGUCGUCUUGCUUUUGCCAGGGGCCGGAUUCGAACCUCGCCGGGAGCCUGCGGCUUGCGUAAAACUCCUUUGGUCGUCUCUCUCUUUUGAUGGGAAUAGGAAAAUCCCUAGGCCUUGCGGUUCUAUUUGCGAGGGGGAUAGGAAAAUCUUUAAGCCUUGCGGUCCCAUUUGCGAAAAGGAUAAGAAAAUCCUCAGGUCUCGCGGUUCCACUGAUGAAAGAGAUAAGAAAAUUCUUAAGUCUUGUGGUUACAUUUACGAAAGGGCGGUUCCAUUUUCGAAAGGGAUAGGAGAAUUCCUAAACCUUGCGAUUCCACUCGCAAAAGAGAGUAGAGAACCCCCAGGUCCUGCGGUUCCACUUGCAAUCGAAUAUUUCCCCCUCGAGACAGACCCUCCCAGACCCAUCGCAGUUAUCGCCGUGCUCCUAACAUGGUGCUGGUACCCAAGUCCCGGCAAAGGUUCCGGGAACAUAGCCAAAACGCGCCUCCCAAGAUCUAUAUUGACGAUGAAACUGUAG